AUGCUGUCGAUUUUGAGAAAGGCCCGCUUAAAGGAUAAGGAGAUGCGCAUCUUGAUGCUCGGCCUUGAUAAUGCUGGCAAGACGACCAUCGUGAAGCGCAUCAUGAACGAGGAUGUCACAACUGUCAGCCCGACUCUGGGCUUUAUUAUCAAGACCAUUGACUUCAUGGGAUAUAAACUCAACAUUUGGGACGUUGGUGGGCAAAAAACCCUACGUUCGUACUGGAAAAACUAUUUCGAGAAGACCGACACCCUCGUCUGGGUAGUGGAUGCUACAGAUCGCCUCCGUGUCGAUGAUUGCCGACAGGAGCUCGCUGGGCUGCUGUUGGAAGAGCGAUUGAUGGGCGCCACCCUCUUGGUCUUUCUAAAUAAAACAGAUGUGGAACACUGCAUGAGCGAGCAGGAAGUUCGACAGCGCCUUGACUUGGAUUCAAUUAAAACACACAAAUGGACUAUUCUCCCAUGCAGUGCUAUGACAGGCACCAAUCUGAAUGAGGGACUCGAAUGGGUGGUCCAAGAUGCCAAAGACAGACUCUUCCUCUACUGA